AUGGCAUCCCAUCAAGAAGUGGUAAGAGGCCUAAACGUGGAGAAGUACAUGGGAAGAUGGUAUGAAACUGCUUUAUUUCCUUCAUUCUUCCAACCAAAAGGUGGUGUUGACACAAGGGCCACCUACACUUUGCGCCCUGAUGGCAAUAUCAGUGUUCUGAAUGAGGUCUGGGUUAAUGGCCGAAGAAAAUCCAUCAGUGGCAUUGCAUAUAAGGCCGAUCCCAGAAGUGAUGAAGCAGAAUUGAAAGUCAAGUUCCGCAUUCCUCCAGACCUUCCCUUCGUUCCUGUUGUUGGGGAUUAUUGGGUUUUAUACGUUGAUGAUGGUUACCAGAAUGCUGUGGUUGGCCAUCCUACUAGGAGAUUUCUAUGGGACAAGUGGCUAAUGGGAUUUUCUUACCUUAGAUUCUGA